AUGGCACCUUCGCUCUCUGGCCAGAGCUGUAACAUGAAAACGGCCGUCCUCGCUGGCAGCAGAGCUAAAGUGGAGCUAUUUCAGGUGCUGUACUUCAAUCGGCCGGCGCGCAGAGACAUGACAGAAUGGACGCUGCUGAAGCGGCUGCUGGACGCCGUGCACCAGCACUCCACCAUGAUCGGACGCCUCUGGCUCACAAUAAUGGUGAUUUUCAGAUUGCUGAUCGUCGCAGUGGCGACCGAAGACGUCUAUACUGACGAGCAGGAGAUGUUCGUGUGCAAUACUCUCCAACCGGGAUGUCCAAAUGUCUGCUAUGAUGCAUUCGCGCCAAUAUCGCAACCACGUUUUUGGGUCUUCCAGAUCAUCACGGUAUCCACGCCGUCGCUUUGUUUUAUCAUCUACACCUGGCACAACUUAUCCAAACAACCCGAAUGUGAGCAGAUAAAGGAAGCGCUUGAGAGGAGCUGCGAUUCGGAGAGCUGCUCCAUUAAAUCGCAUAAACACCUGAAUCCAAGCCUUGAAGGAAUCACCAACCAGAAACCAUCGCAAGCAUCGAAAAGUUCUUCGGGAGUCCUUUCAAAGUAUUACAUCUUCCACGUUUGCUUUCGUACCAUCCUUGAAGUGGCUUUCGUAGUGGCUCAAUGGCUGCUGUUUGGAUUCCGCGUCCCAACUCAUUUCAUUUGUACGUCUUCUCCUUGCAUGCAAAGAGUCGACUGCUACGUUUCACGUCCCACAGAGAAAACCGUAUUUCUGAUCUUCAUGUUCUGCGUGGGAGUGUUCUGCAUCUUCUUGAACUUCUUAGAGCUCAAUCAUUUGGCUUGGAAGAUGAUCAAGAAGUCUGUGCUGGUCAAGGAUGGAUCAUGGAAGGGAUACGGCGCUAUAAACCAAGACUCGCAGUCAAUCGCUUCAUUGACGUUUAAAGAUGUCCCCAGCACUACAUCACUACCGACUCUUGAUCUAGUUGUGGAUCACCAACCGGACUGGAUUUGUACUGCAAACUGCUCAACAAAGAAGGACAAUAGAGGAACACAGAGUAAACCGAAGACAAACAGAAAAUCAAAACAGAGGAGCACUGAGGUUUGGAUAUAAAAGUCAAUCACGGACAAUUUCCAGAGUCUUAAA